GAGAGGACUUGUGCUCGGAGAGUGUCACAUCGCGUUCGUCGUACCGACGAUACUGACCAUGUGUGCUGUGAUAAUUGACCGUGAAAAAUUUUCAACGAUCGGAAAGUGGCGAUAAUAAUCGGGCCGAUAGUUUUGUGAACAUUUGAUAAAUUUCAGGAGACGGAAGCGGUCGUGGUUAAAUUAAUUUAAGAAAAAUUAAAAAUGGGAUUUCUCAGACGCUGAUCUUCGGUUAAUUAAUUUGAUCUACUUUUGAAAAUCGUUGAAAUAUUUUACAUUUUGUUCGAUUUCCUCGCUUCGUGCCAAUUAUCGAACAGCAGCGAGAUAUUUCUUGUACAAAAGGAUAAAGGAUUUCAAUCGAGUCCGAGUUUGGAUUGAGUCGAUUCUAAAAGACGAUGAUGUAACCUUUGAGACACGUUGUGCACACCUGAACUUUGUUAUCCAAUUUACGGAGGUUCGUUCUUUUCACGAGGGUUGUAAAACCGGGCCAGAGAUAUACGCUCCGUUAUUUUCAAUUGGAUGUUUCUUCCUUUCUUCUCUUCAAGAGAAUUCGAAGCCCCGCGAUUCUGAUAUUUCACGUAUAAUUGAAUUAUUAUAGCGAACGUAAAAAAGUGGAAAGUAAAUAAAAAUUAUCGUGAAAAUAAAUAAAAUGUAGCUUAUGUCUUCGAGUGUUUUGUUUGAUAAUUCAAUAUUUGUUACCUCGACCAAGUACCGAAGUUUGUCAAUAUAUCAAUUCAAUCGUCAGAUGUACACAAUCCGUGACAUUGAGAAUCCCUGAUGCUUGUAUCGUCAAAAGAAGAGAUUAUAAUUCGUGCACACAAAAUCUUAACCACGUAAACAAUUUCAAUGAAUGGUACGGGUAAUUUUACGGUGUGAAAAUCUCACUAAUAUUAAUGCCAUUAAUGAAAGUGACGAUGAUAAUAAUAAAAUUAAAAGCGUGAUAAUUCGUCGCGAGUUUUAAGAAUCAAGUUCAAAGAAAGUGAGAAAAGCGACGAACUCGCGAAUGGGAAAUUUAGGGGAAGAUAUUAGCUAUGGAAUGGAUUUUAAUAAGGUGGUGAAUAGAGUGACGACGGUGAUUUCAGUGGCAAGAUCGUUCAUUGGAUGUUGGUGGAUCUUGGAUGUGUCCGGUGGUGGAGCAUGAAGGGUGUUACAUCUCUAUCGUAACGAUGCAGCGAGCGGUCUUACUGCUAUGCUGGCUACCGUUGCUCCAUCAUUGCCAAGCCGUCAAUCCAGGUUGUGCCUGUGUCGUGUACAGCAGCUUGUACAGCCCACAAGGUGGAACCUUCACUUCGCCGGAUUAUCCAAAAAAGUAUCCACCAAACCUGGACUGUCUACUCUACACCUUUACUGGACAACUCGAUGAAAUUAUCGAGCUGAAAUUUGAUGACUUCAACCUGCACCGAAUUCACAAGAACUGUUCGAGUGGGGAUUUUAUCAAGGUGUUUCUACACUUGGAGAGCAAAGGGGUCUCCGAGUACACACCCUGGUCCGGUCUUUUAUGCGGAGGCUUGGGGGACAUCCCGGCGAAACUCUACAGCUCUGGACCAGUGCUUAUUCUCGAGUUGCACACAGAAGGGGCUUCGACCAAUGCGACUGGCUUUACCGGCAGUUUUCAUUUCAUCGACAGACGAAAGUUCGAGAUCGACGGACAACCGAUACCGGGAAGCAUGUGUGACUACGAAUUCGUCAGCUCCACCCUCACGCCACUGCGUGGACGGUUUUACUCGCCUCGCUAUCCGUCCUCCUACCCGAAGAACAUCCGGUGCUCGUACCGGUUCCGGGCAAGAUUAAAGGAACGAAUUCGUGUGCUGUUCGAAGAAAUCGCACUGCAGAAGGGUGAUCUGAGCUGCAUCAACAGGGCAGACUUGAUAAGAGUCCACGACGGAAGAGGUACGACCGCACCAUCAAUAGCCGUGCUCUGCAACCAUGGUGCCGAAAUUGAGGUCCUCAGCACCGGCGCUGAUCUCUACGUCGAGUUCGUCGCGAAUUCAGACUGGCCUGGUCAAGGCUUCAAGGCAAUAUUCCAGUUCCAACCCUUGGACGACUCGCCGCCUUCUCUUGAGGUGGACAAGGUCGCCCCUGGGGCUGUCACUGGGACUCCAAGGUACUCGGUCAUUGGACCGGCUGUCAGUGCAACGACUUCCUCCUGCGACAACGUCUUCAACAGCGAUCUCACCAAGACCGGCAUCGUUACGUCACCCGGGUACCCCAAUCCGUAUCCGGCCAGAGCCUACUGCAGAUACGAGUUCCAGGGACGGGGUAAGGAGCGGGUUCAAGUCAUCUUCCAGGAAUUUCAUCUCCACGACAUAUACACCGAUCCUAAGGAAUGCGACGGAAUCGACUCGCUCCUGGCCUACGUCCUGAUCGACGGAAAGAUGGAGAAAAUCGACGCGUUCUGCGGCUCGAUGACGCCUCGACCGUUGAUGAGCAACGGGCCGAAGCUCUCGCUGGAAUUCAACGGCAUCGUCUCCUCCAGACACGUGAGAGGAUUCAGAGCGACUUACUCCUUCACCGAGAAUUUCGGCAUCACGACGGGUCGCCAGCUGCCGGAAUAUCCCUGCGCGUUCGUCUUCAACAGUAACGAGACUCGAAACGGAACAUUCGCCUCGCCAAACUACCCCGGCUACUAUCCGAGAGACACGGAGUGCCAUUACUUCUUUAACGGACAACCGAAGGAGCGAGUCCACCUCCAUUUUCACUACUUUGACGUCGAAGGAGUGCUGCCAUGCGGAGCUGCCUCGGCGAGUGACUUCGUCGAGUUCUCAAAUUACAUGGCACGCGAUAGAAAGUAUUCCCGGCAUUGCGGCCAACUGAAGGAAUUCGACGUCGACAGUGACGGGAAAUUCUUCAGGGUCACUUUCAAGAGCAACGAGAGAUUGGACGGGACCGGCUUCAAUGCCAGCUACGUAUUUUACGACGAGGAGGACAAUUUCACCGUAAAACCGACCCAGGGUCACGCCUCCACGUGUAAAGGUCCUGCAGUAAUGUUCCUGGUACUUCAACUCGUAUUUCGAAUCCAUCUCCAGGCUUGAAGCAGUUUCUUUUACAACAAUUACCGUUUAUUACGGAACCAAUUGCACUCAGCUACAAAUAGUAAUUACUUUCCGAGUCUGCUGGUCAUGCUGUUGCGCAGGUGAGAUGAGAAUUCGCACCUGGUGAUACAAGAAACUUAAUCCUCGUCCCGACUAAACACGAAACUUCCGGCCUACGUUGUGGUUUGUUGAAGAAAAAAAAAAUAAAAAAUUCUCACAUACUUGCGGUUCGUUAAACUUUAUUGUUGGUCUAAUUUAUGAAUUUUUAUUCUUUUUCUUCCUUAAUGAUGACAACGAACAAACUGAACGAAUUCCGGUAUUAUACCUAUACAGUGACGUUGUAACGCAGUGUUUUUAACGCAUUCGGCAUUUUCUAGAACGGGGAAAAAAAAAACAUUAAACAAAUAUAAACUGAUUUUAAAUACAAUUAUUAAUAAAAAACUAUAAUUAUAUGUUAACAAGAUUAACUAUGUAAUACGCGUAAUAUAUAUAUAUAUAUACAUAUAAUAUAGAUAUAUAUGAAAAUUGAAACUGACACAGUUAUAUAAUAUAUAAAUGAAUGAUAAUAGUACGUAAUUGAUGAAAUUUAGUUGAAACAGUGUGCGUUUCUCUACGAAUGUGCGUGCGCGUGUGUGUGUGUGUGUGUGUGUGUGUGCACGACGAUUAAUCUGGGCGAUUUAAGCAAAUUUAAAAAAAUUACUAAAACACCAAAGACAAUCAUUAACAUUGUUUUGCUAAAUUCUUACCAAUUUCAUUUCGUUAUUUUACCAUAGCAAAAAUAUUUAAUUGUAGCGUAUUGCACUAUCAUUCGUGACGUAUGAUUGAAGCUUAUUCUUAGAUCAAACUAAUCGAAUUUAUCCGUCAAUAAAUAGAUGCCGAUUUUUCUACCGUCGGAAUUUUUCCAAACCACGCGCGAAGUUCUUGAUCUUUAUAAGAACGGGAAACCUUCUCAACUUCUCGUAUAAAGUAAGGCAAUUUUGUUUAUCCGUUAGACGUGAGAUCGUUGAAAAUGUUCAGACGUGAAUGUAUUUUUCAGUUGGUGAAAAAGUUCGGCUACAAACUUGAUAUCGACCCUCGUGUGCAUGCAAUUAUAUUGUAUAAUCUGUAAAAAAAAAUAUAUAUAUAUAUACAUACAUGUAAUAGUUAAAUUAUUAUACAUCUAUGAAACCAAUUAUUAUAAUUGCGAUUAGAAUAUACAUUAGACUGUAAUAUGUGAAUAUUUUGGAAUAGAUUUAUAAUUCGUUAAUGCAUAUAAUAUAUAAUAAUGAAACUCCUCGAGAUACUAUUAAAAUAUACGUUAUGAAUAUGUUUACGGAUAAUUUGUAACGACGAUGCAAGGUGACACAUUGUACAUGGUUAUGCAGAAGGUCUGUAUGAUUGGAAUGAAUUUAUAUACAUACGUAAGAUUAUACAAUAGAUAUAUGUAUAAAUAUAAUAUAAUAGGUGUUGACCAGUGAUUUGCUGACUGUUUAUUGCUAUUUACAUUAUUACAUUACAAAUAUAUUUAUUAUUAAGACUACGGUACAUGAAAUUAUAUACCUAAAAUUAAACGGUAAAAACAUAUAAUACAAAAAAAUGUACGAUUAUCAACUUGUAAAUAUUAUGUUAUCUAAUAUCGUAGGUAUAAAUAACACACUGCAUUCAUUUCGAACCACAUAUAGGUAUGUAUAUUAACAUUAAUAAUUGCCAGUGGUCGAUACGGUUUUUCUCCCGUUAUGUACAAAUAAUAUUUAACUAUUCUUCCACAGAUGUAAAUCGAGGAAUUAGGUAUAACACUUGAAGGAUCGAAGCGGAAAGCAAUAAGAAAAACCUGAUAUACAAAUUUUCGAACACAUUGCAAGCCAACCUAUAAAAAUCGAAAAUUUGAUGUGCCUCGAAUUACCUGAAGAGAAACCAACGAUUUUCAAACUCUCGUGUAUUAUCGGUAAUUACGGGUGGAAGAAAAAUGAAUCGGUAGAACCGAGGGAUUAGCCACCGAUCAAUUCAUUUCAUACGACAAAACAGUUUCGAGAGAUUUUUGAGUGGUUUGCUUUCGUACUACCGGAAGUACUUCAAAUGUUCUCAGCUAAAUGAUGCCAAAAAAAUGUCACGUGACCUGUUCGGUUAUAUGAAAUUGCAAGGGUGGUUAACCCCUCGAAUAUAACUGCAUCGACCGCUGGCUUUCACCGUGAAGAGCAAUUCUCACACAUACUUUCUUAUUCUGUAUGUAACCAACGAGCACAACGGGCUAACUUACAAGUGAUAAUAUUCUGCGGGGUGAGUUGUAACAUGUAAAUAUUUGAAAAGAAGAAAAAAGUAAAAGAACUUUUCGUCUGUCCAUACAUAUACAUAUACAUACGCGAUGCACGUCUGCAUAUUAAUAUGUUAAUAUACUUGUCACAUGUCACACAAUUACUUAUUAUUCCACCUGUAAUGUGCAUAAUUUGUUUAUUCGAAGAAAAAGGAAACAAUCGCCGACGGCCCGUUCGUUUUUGAAAGGAAACAAUUAAGACACUUGGUUUUCUCGGGUGUUGUAGUCUCUGAGCCCGAAAACCACGACCGUUCCUCGAUAAUAUUCAACGAAUUUAACGAGACGGUCAUGUUGACAAUGUUAAACCCGCGGCAAACUCGAGUGCAAUAAUUUUUCUCGGUGCUCUCGGCUCGGGGCAGAAAACGUUUCUUCGAUACGCCCUGGCCAACGUCUAUUUUAUUACGCUGAUAUUAUUUAUAAUUGUUAAUUUAUGUAUUAUACCUACCACUCCGACAGCUGUGACUCUCUGUGAAUCACGAAAACUACAAGCUACCAUUUCCUGCAAGCCUAUACAGCGAAAGAAUUUAUUUUCUUAUUGAGUUUUUUGUGGCACUUUUGCCAAACUUUCAUGUACAUUAUAUAUAUAUAUAUAUAUAUAUAU